GAAAGAAGCGUGAUAUGUGCUAUUUCUCUGCCUCCAGACGUGUAUAAAAGGUCUGUUAUCCUCCAGGAAGUCCUAAGAAAUCUUCAACCACAAACAUCUUCAUUCAUCUUUCAAACCAACCAUUUUAAAACACUUCUCAAGUAUCUUUUAGAUAUUUCAACAUGACUACUCCCCGAGUCUCCCAGGCUGAUGCCAACCUUUGGCUUGCUUACGGUGUCAAGCUCAAGAACACUUUCGCCCAGGCUUCUAACCUGGGCGAUGAGAACCGCUUCUACAUCGCACCACUCUCUUCUGCAGGUAUCGCGGCUGGCAAGAGAAUCAACUCAGCCAUCACCAACAACGGCGUGUAUGCCGUUGGUGACACGCUUCUGAGCCUUGACGAGCCUGUCUUCCUUCCAAGCCGACAGAGCUAUUUCCAACGAUGCGUCUCGUAUGCCAACAGCAUUGAACUUCACUCGGAUAAGAACACUGGCGCCCAGGUUCGUUACGAUGAUGCUCGCGAAAAGCUACAGAGAGCCAUCAAGUAUUACAACGAGACCCGAACUGCCGCCAUUGCGGCUUACACUCAGGAAAAGAGUGCCGGGAUCACCACCGACUCCUUCGCUCAGUGGGCCAUCCAGAACUAUCCUUCAAUGGCACAGGCGGCGAAUUCCGUUAGCUCUGCUACGGCUGCCUCAGCUGCUGCUUCUGCCGCUAUGGAUGGCCCAAUGGCUGCCAUUGUGGGCCAAUACCAGUCAACUCUCAGUGGCGCCAAUGGCACAGCUCCAGUCCCUGGUGUGACCAUGACCUGCUCCCCCGCGAGCGCCGAUCAAAUCGCUGCCGGUCAAGCUGGCACCCCCGGUGCUGCUUUUGAGCGUCCCGCGUACACGAUCAAUGCUCAGUACCCCCAGUUGGUCGAUAGUUGGAUCGGCACAUAUGCCCAGAACUCCAAGAACCCUAAGAAAAUCACUUUCAAGGCGAGCGACUCCAAGUCGUCUUCUUGGAAGGACCUUGGUUACUCCAACACCAAUGUCCAGGUCACCGGAUCAUACUGCAUCUUCUUCAGCGCAACCUACACCGAGAACAACACGAUUGUGACCAAGAAUGUGACUGCGGAGGAGGCCGGAGCUGACUUGGAGGUCACUAUUACCGCUACUGACGUCCAAACCUUUACCAUCAACCCCGGAACUUGGAACCCCAGCCAGCUGGCUGGCAUGCCCAUUGUCGCCAACGCUGAUCCCAACCUCAGCAAGCCCAUGGCCUUUGUCAACCAGGCCAUCCUCGCGUACGGUGUUGGCAUGGAGGUGAAGCUUUCUUCCUCCUCCGCAUCCACCAUCAACAACUACAUGGAGAAGGCCCGCUCCAGCGGCGGUAGUGCCUCCAUCUUUGGCUUCAACAUUGGUCUCGGAGGUGCCGCCAGCUCCACUCAGACCUCGACCACUACCUUUGAUCAGGUCAAGAACGCUAGCUCCAGCACUGGUUUUACCAUCCCCCCAUCUGACAACGCCUAUCCUACCCUGUUGGGUGUCUUUGGCCAGGCUAUUCCUCUUCCAAAGAACGCUCAGAAGUAGGUCUUGUCGAGCUAGGGGUGGUGGAAACAAACAGAAGAGACAAUGGAUUUUCGAUCUUAGCUGAUUAAGGGGCAUAACCGUUUACAUACCUAAAGUCACUCCUUGCCUAAACCCCCUCUCACUCCCUUGUCAAUAGUUUUUGGUUCUAUUCAUAGUCACUCGUUUACAAUACGACGUCGUAUCUCUUUAAUCUUCCGUCCAUGAUACGGAGACUUCUGUG